AUGACAUCACUGGAUAGGAAGGAAGGUACUGUCCCUGACACCAUGACAUCACUGGAUGGUGAGAAAGGUACUGCUCCUGACACCAUGACAUCACUGGAUAGGGAGGAAGGUACUGUCCCUGACACCAUGACAUCACUGGAUGGUGAGAAAGGUACUGCUCCUGACACCAUGACAUCACUGGAUAGGGAGGAAGGUACUGUCCCUGACACCAUGACAUCACUGGAUGGUGAGAAAGGUACUGUCCCUGACACCAUGACAUCACUGGAUGGGGAGGAAGGUACUGUCCCUGACACAAUGACAUCACUGGAUGGUGAGAAAGGUACUGUCCCUGACACCAUGACAUCACUGGAUGGGGAGGAAGGUACUGUCCCUGACACCAUGACAUCACUGGAUGGUGAGAAAGGUACUGUCCCUGACACCAUGACAUCACUGGAUGGGGAGGAAGGUGCUGUCCCUGACACCAUGACAUCACUGGAUAGGGAGGAAGGUACUGUCCCUGACACCAUGACAUCACUGGAUGGGGAGGAAGAUGCUGCCAGUGGGAAUACAAUUCAGGGUGUAUGUAGAAAACUUCGAGCAUUGAUGGAAAUUAAUAAGCAGUUGUGUUCCGAAGACAACGAACAUAUGCCAAACCCCAAUGACAAUAACAAUGAGCUAUGUAUCUUGUGCAAACGGAUACUAGAAGAAGAAGAAGAAGAAAAGUCCAAGACUACCAGGGUGGGAGAUUUAUCAAGAGCCACCAGGGCGACUGUCCCAGCAAAGUUGAAUUGUGAAGAAUUCAAGCAAGGAGGAAAAGACGGGGAUUUUGCCUGUACCUCUGAUGCUUCUGCAGUUUGUGGCACAGAUGGGAAAACAUACCGCAACAGAUGUGAGCUGUGUGCCCAGAAUGAGAAGAGCAAAAACCAAGUUGACAUAAAAAGUGAAGGUGAAUGUGGCAGCAGCACUUUAGAGAAGGAUGUGUGCAGUGAUUUUCGGGCCUAUGUGCAAGAUGGAAGACUCGGAUGUACGAGGGAAAAUGAUCCAGUCCGUGGUCCUGAUGGGAGGACCCACGGCAAUAGGUGUGCCAUGUGUGCUGAGCUCUUUUUAAAAGAAGCUCGAGAAAAUGCCACGCGUGAGAGAGAAAGCAGAAUUCAGAGAGAUGCUGAGAAGGAACUUUGUAAGGAAUUUGAAAACCAAGUGAGAAGUGGAAGACUCUUUUGUACCCGGGAGAGUGACCCAAUCCGUGGCCCUGAUGGCAAGAUGCACGGGAACAAGUGUGCUCUGUGUGCUGAUGUUUUCAUGAGACAAUUUUCGGAAGAAAAAAGUAAAGCAGAGAAAAAACAGAGAGAUGCCGAAGAAAGGGCUAAAGCUAAAAUGGAGAUUGAGAAACGCUGCAGUGAAUUCCGGGAUCGUGCAAAGAACAGAACACUUUUCUGUACCAGAGAAAAUGACCCUAUUCAAGGUCUGGAUGGAAAAACACAUGGCAACUUGUGUUCCACGUGCCAAGCUUUCUUUGAAGCAGAAGCUGAGGAAAAGAAGAAGGCUGAAGCUGAAACCAGAAACAGAAGAGGGUCUGAAGACUUGGAGACAUAUGCCAAGCUGUGUGAUGGAUAUCGCAAGGUCAGAAAGAAUGGAGUACUAUACUGCACCAGAGAGAAUGACCCAAUCAGGGGCCCAGAUGGGAAAGUCCAUGGCAACACAUGCUCCAUGUGUCAGGCUUUAUUUAUUCAAGAAGACAAAGCAAGAGCAAAGGUUAGAAGAGAAGCUGCAAAGGAAAUCUGCAGUGAGUUCCGGGACCAAGCAAAGGAUGGAAUGCUCAUGUGCACCAGGGAAAAUGACCCUGUUGUUGGGCCAGAUGGAAAAACACAUGCAAACAAGUGUGCCAUGUGUGCAAGUGUGUUCCUAAUAGAAGAGGAAGAGAAGAAAAAAGAUGACCAAGGAGAGAAGGAGAAGGUUGAGGCUGGAAAGUCGAAGAGAGAAGCAAUACAGGAGUUAUGCAGCAAAUACCGUCCCCAGAUAAGAAAUGGUCGGCUCCCCUGCCCCAGAAAGAAUGACCCCAUUGAGGGCCUGGAUGGGAAGAUCCAUGAAAACACCUGCUCCAUGUGUGAGGCCUUCUUCCAGCAAGAAGCAAAGGAAAAUGGAUCUGGUUUCAGAGUAAGGGCUAAAAGAGACAUUACAAAGGACUGCAGUGAAUUUCUGAGUCUUUUAAAUGGUGGGGAACUUUUCUGCACACGAGAAAAUGACCCUGUGCGUGGCCCAGAUGGCAAGACCCAUGGGAACAAGUGUGCCAUGUGCAAGGCUUUCUUCAAGAAAGAACACGAAGAAAGAAUGAGGAAAGAAGAGGAAAAUCAGAGAAUCACUUCAGGGCAUGGUUCCGGUGGUGGGAGACAGAAGGCUAAGGAAGAAUGUGCUCAAUAUUGGGAAAGCAUGAAAAAAGGAGAACUCAGCUGUACUAGAGAGAGUGACCCUGUACGUGGUGCUGAUGGGAAACCAUACAAUAAUAAAUGUGUCAUGUGUAAAGAGCUACUGCAGAGAGAAAUGGAGGAAAAGAAUAAAUAUUCUGCCUCAAGAUCAAAUGAGACUGGAUCAGCCACAAAAAAGGAUGUGUGUGAUCAGUUUAGAAGUCAAAUGAAAAAUGGGAAACUUCUCUGUACUCGGGAAAGUGACCCUACCCGGGGUCCAGAUGGCAAGACUCAUGGCAACAAGUGUGCCAUGUGCAAAGAAAGACUGGAAAGAGAGGCCGCUGAAAAGAAAAAAAAAGAGGAUGAAGACAAGAGAAACACGGGGAAAAACAAGAAUGAUAAGGAGGAUCAAUGUCAUGAAUUCCGGAGCAUGCAGAAAGAUGGGCUACUGAUCUGCACCAGAGAAAAUGAUCCCAUCCGAGGCCCAGAUGGCAAGACGCAUGUUAACAAGUGUGCCAUGUGUCAGAGUAUAUUUGAACGAGAAGCUAGUGAAAGAAAAACGAGGAAUGAAGAAAACUCAAGUCCUCAGCCUGCAAAUGAGAGAAAGGACCAGUGCGGAGAAGUUCACAACACAGCAGAGGAUGCAAAACCUAGGCAGGCCAGGAGUUCUUUGCCCUCCGUUGCUGGGAUGAGCGAAGAUGAGUGCAGUGAGUUCCGAAAACUUAUGAGGAAUAACAAGCUUCUCUGUCCACAAAAGGAUGACCCAGUGCACGAUGCUGAUGGGACCGUCUAUCAAAACAAGUGCCACAUGUGCAGAGAUGUCUUUGAAAAGGAAGCUUUGGAAAGGUCGGAACUUCAAGAAAAUCCAUCACACAUUAGGGUUACUAAAGAAGAAGAUGAUUCAGGAUUUUCCAGCUCCUCUGAGGACUCUGACAUGUGCAAACACUACCGAAUAUUACCCAGGAUGGGUUAUCUUUGCCCAAAGAAUAUACAGCCUGUCUGUGGGGAUGACGGCCAAACAUAUGCUAACCCCUGCCUGCUCUGUCAUGAAAACCUGAUCCAUCAGACUAAUACACAAAUACGUAGUCAAGGAAAGUGUGAGGAGAGCAGCAACCCGGAAGCAAUGCCUGCUGGCACACCUGCAUCUGAAAAAAAUGAUGCAAUGAUUGGUCAAAGUCACAAGGAAAAAGCUAUGCCUUGA